AUGUUAAAUACUACCUACGCCUAUGAUGCUAUAGUGACAGUCAUCACCACAAAGAAACCUAAAUGGCAGUACUAUGUCUGUUGGUACAGGGCUGAAUCACAAGAACAGAUCACAAUACUGUACGCCAUGCAAUGCUUCGUCAACCCGGCGUUGUCCAUCCUGGGUUUCUCAGCCAACAUGCUAAGCCUGGUCAUUCUCGUCCGCAGCGGACUACGCCGGUCGUCCGACAUCCUCUUAUUCAGUUUGGUGAUAGCGGACAGUAUGUGUCUCUUUAAGACUAUGGACUAUGCCAUUAUCAUCGACUUUUUCGGGCCGGACAAGUUCAUUGCGUCUUGGUGCGGGUACCAGUAUGAUGUCGCCAUUAACUAUUUUCUGGCAUACUCCCAAGAGAUCUUCAUGUUUAUUGGCUUCUGGGGCAGUUCGGUCAACAGCCUCAUCCCCGUAAUUAUAACAAUCGAGAGACUCCUGGCCGUCUUUCUGCCCAUGACUUUUAGAACUAUCGUAACCACAAAAAGAACUAUCAUCCUCAGUGUAACGGCGUUCGUUUUCUGGCUGCCAUGGUCGAGUUUUAUAGUCGCAUGCCUUGAAAUACUGAAUUAUAACAUGUCUGAGGAUAAAAUCUGGACAAGCUUGGACCUGGGAGAGCUGUAUAUUAACAACGCCAGGUUUUUUACCAUUUUUUCGUUGUACUUCAUUGAUACUUUGGUCUCGUGGUUUCCUUUGACAGUCAUCAUCCUCGGGUGCUGUAGCGUGUGGAUCAAGGUGAAGAUAACUCUAAGGCAGAGACAGAACAUGACUUCCGCGCAGAAGAUCAGCUGGUCGCCCAGGACGACGCAGACUCUAUUGCUGACGUGUCUCAUCUUUGCGUUGACUCACUCUGCGACGUCGGUUAUCGUGUAUCUGUGGCCAGCGGAGACUCAAGUGCAGGUGUUCAUCAGGAAUAUGUUCAUGGACCUCCUGUAUUUGAUAAACGCCUCGAGCAAUUUUUUCGUGUAUAUUUCAACCAAUCCAAAACUGCACACUAUUUUUAUUAAUAUCGUGCAAUGCCAGAAAUAG